CGCAAUGUAAAGUUAUCGAAACAUAACUUUGGUUAACAGUUGAGUUUUUUUUUUAAAUAUAAAAAAUAAAAAAAUUAUUUAUUUGUAGCUUAAAAAUUUUUAUUUAACAAAUUGUGAUUCUCCCGAAAUCAGAUUUAGUCACUGAUCAACUGGGGUUUUCUAUUUUAUAAACUAAUUUUAAAUAAAAUACUGUAAAGUAUUUUGUCUUGCGUAUUAUAUAACCUAGGCAAUUUUUAACUAUACCAAGUUGCAAAGUUGCUUAGAUGGAAGAUAAAGAGCUGACAAUCUCAAUUAUUAAUAGCGAUAAACAUGUUACAAAAGAACGUUUUAUAACAGCUUUUUUUGCUGCUCUUAUUGCAUCAUUAGCAUCACUUUGUUUUGGAUUUGCUAUUGGUUACACCUCUCCUACUGAAGUUGCAAUAGAAAAUGAUUCAAGAUUAAAUAUAACAAAAGACGAAUUUUCCUGGUUUGCAUCAAUAAUCGCACUGGGAGCAUUGUUUGGAAGUAUUUUCGCUGGAUUCAGUGUAGAUAAGUUUGGGCGAAAGACAACUAUUUUAAUUACAUCAGUUUUUUAUAUUCCUGGCUGGUGCUUGAUAUGUUAUGCUACUAAUAUUUCUAUGCUUUAUGCUGGCAGGAUACUGGUUGGUGUUGGGGUUGGCAUAACUUCUUUAACUGUUCCUCUGUACAUUGCAGAAGUAUCUUCUGCUCGACUUCGUGGUGGUUUAGGUGCUAUAAAUCAGUUUGGUAUUACGAUUGGUAUAUUUUUAUCAUACCUUGUUGGAUCCUCAAUAUCGUGGGAUUGGACAGCUAUCUUUGCGAUUGCAGUUGUAGCAGUUAUGGUUAUCUUAAUGAUAUUCAUGCCUGAGACUCCAAGAUGGCUCAUCACACACAAUCAAAGGCAAAAAGCUCUCCAAAACCUAAUUUGGUUGCGAGGUUCACUUUAUGAUGUAGAAAAAGAAUGUAAUGAAAUGGAAACUAAUUUAGGUAAGCAAGAGAAUUCAUCAUUAAAAGAUAUUCGUAGAAUGGGUUUGUUUCGACUCUUGUUGGUCGGUGGUUUUUUAAUGUUUUUUCAGCAGUUUUGUGGUAUAAAUGCUGUUCUAUUUUUUAACGCAAAAAUAUUUUCAAGUGCUGGUUUUAAUGAUUCCAAGGUAGUUUCAUUAUCAGUUGGUGCUACUCUGGUUUUAGCAACAGCAGUAUCUUGUUUAAUUGUUGAUAAGUCAGGACGAAAAGUUUUAUUAAUGGUUGGUAGUAUUGUCAUGUUUUUAUGUAAUUUUUUUCUAGCUAUUUAUUAUGAUAUUGCAAAAAUUCCUUUAAAUGUCGGUCAAAAGACCAUUUCAAUAUUUGGUAGAAACAUUUCACACUCUGUUCCUCUUAAUCAAAUUUCAUGGUUAGGUGUUCUUUGUGUUAUUGUUUACAUUGCCAUUUUUUCACUUGGCUGGGGACCUUUACCGUGGUUAUUAAUGUCAGAAAUUUUCCCACCUCGUAUUCGUGGUUUCGCAAGUGCGGUUGUAACAUUUAUAAAUUGGAGUUUAGUAUUUUUAGUGACCAAAUCAUUUCAAUACAUGAUUAAAUCUUUCUAUGAACAGGGCACUUUUUUUUUUUACUCUCUUUUUUGUUUGCUAAGCUUUUUCUUUGUCUUUUUCUUUGUCCCGGAAACAAAAGGAAAAACUCUUGAAGAAAUACAGCAGUGUUUGAAAAAGUGAAAUAUGUUUUACAUAAAAAUAUUUUACUGUAUUUAAACCUUUAUUUAAUGGAGGAUCAGAUUAACUUGUGGUUUUUUUUGUUCAAAAAUAUUUUAAUAAUAAUGCAUCCAGCAAAAUUAAAAUAAAUUUGUUGGAGAAAGAACUUCAACUUUUAAUAGAAAAUUUUGAAAAUUAAUUAAUGAUUAUGAUAAAAAUUACAAAACAAUGGAAAAGCGUUUCUAUAUUUUAUUUAGCCUUUCUGUAUUUAUUUAGAGUUUCUUGUAGCUAGUAUAUAGUAUAAAUUUAAGAAUUUUUUAUUUGUAAAUACAUUUUUAAAUUCCUUUAAAGUUUUUUUCACAUAUAUUUAAUUGUAUUGUUUAAUGUAAACUAAUUUUUUUAAAUAUUGUAAAACAGUGGAAAAUAAAAAACCGUGUUUAAGCGUUUCUUGUAGUUAGCUUUUUGUUGCAACAACAAUGUAAAUAUGUUCAUGUAAUGUUUACAAAAAUUUUAUUUGUAGAAGCAUUU